CUCCCGGCCGCCUCCCCGCACUCCCCCGUCGGCCGGCGGAGCCCCCGGCCGGGGCCGGUCCGGCCGCCGGCGCCGCCGCCACCAUGUCCCUGCUGCAAUCGGCGCUGGACUUCCUGGCCGGUCCGGGGUCCCUGGGCGGGGCCGCCAGCCGUGACCACACAGACUUCGUGGGGCAGACCGUGGAGCUGGGCGAUCUGAGGCUGCGGAUCAAGCGGGUCAUCGCCGAGGGUGGGUUUGCUUUUGUAUAUGAAGCUCAAGAUCUUGGAAGUGGUAAAGAUUAUGCUUUAAAGAGGCUGCUGUCCAAUGAAGAGGAAAAGAACAAAGCAAUCAUUCAAGAAGUUUGUUUUAUGAAAAAGCUUUCUGGACAUCCUAACAUUGUCCAGUUCUGCUCUGCUGCAUCAAUAGGAAAAGAAGAAUCAGAUACUGGACAAGCUGAGUUUCUUUUGCUUACUGAACUCUGCAGAGGGCAACUGGUGGAAUUCUUAAAGAAAGUUGAAUCCAAAGGCCCUCUCUCCUGUGACACGGUUUUGAAGAUAUUUUAUCAGACAUGCAGAGCAGUACAACAUAUGCAUAAACAGAAGCCCCCUAUAAUCCAUCGGGAUCUCAAGGUUGAAAAUAUGCUGAUUAGUAACCAGGGAACAAUUAAACUGUGUGAUUUUGGCAGUGCUACAACCGUGUCACAUUAUCCUGACUACAGCUGGACUGCUCAGAAGAGAGCAAUGGUUGAAGAAGAGAUCACAAGGAAUACAACACCGAUGUACAGGACACCAGAAAUAAUAGAUUUAUACUCAAACUUUCCAAUUGGUGAAAAGCAGGAUAUCUGGGCCUUGGGCUGUAUCCUAUACCUGUUGUGCUUCAGGCAACAUCCUUUUGAAGAUGGAGCAAAACUUCGGAUAGUUAAUGGAAAAUACUCAAUUCCACCAAAUGACACAGCAUACACAGUUUUUCAUGAUCUCAUUCGCUCCACAUUGAAGGUGAACCCAGAAGAAAGGUUGUCCAUCACAGAACUUGUGAAUCAGCUACAGGAGAUAGCAGCUGCUAGAAAUGUGAAUCCGAAGUCACCUAUCACAGAGCUUCUGGAACACAAUGGCGGUUAUGGAAAUAACAUGCAACCUAGAGGUUCUCUCAGUUCAGUACCACAAAGUACUAAGGCCGUGGGGCAGCUCAGCAGUGUGUACAGUGGAGGCAUGACAGUUGCAGAGUGUGAUCAGACGUAUAGCGGUUUCUUUGACAUACUUAGAGGAGGAACAGAACGAUUUUUUACUAACAUCAAAGAUACUUCUUCCAAAGUUAUCCAGUCUGUUGCUAACCCCAGUUAUGCUAAAGGAGAUUUGGAUAUUUCAUACAUCACAUCCAGGAUUGCUGUGAUGUCCUUUCCAGCAGAAGGUGUAGAAUCAGCUCUCAAAAAUAACAUAGAAGAUGUGCGGUUAUUUUUAGAUUCUAAGCAUCCUGGACAUUAUGCUGUUUACAAUCUCUCUCCAAGAACAUACAGGCCUUCCAGAUUUCAUAAUCGGGUUUCAGAAUGUGGUUGGGCAGCAAGACGUGCACCAAACCUUCAAAACCUUUAUAACAUCUGCAAGAAUAUGCAUUUGUGGCUAAAACGAGAUCACAAAAAUGUUUGCAUUGUGCACUGCAUUGAUGGAAGAGCAGCAUCAGCUGUUGUUGUUUGCUCCUUUUUAUGUUUCUGUCGUCUUUUCACCACGGCUGAGGCUGCAGUUUAUAUGUUUAGUAUGAAGCGCUGUCCACCUGGCAUCUGGCCAUCUCAUAAAAGGUAUAUAGAGUACAUGUGUGACAUGAUGGCAGAAGAGCCCAUUAUCCCUCAUAGUAAACCAAUCCUUAUUAAAGCAGUCGUGAUGACACCAGUGCCCCUGUUCAGCAAGCAGAGAAAUGGCUGUAGACCCUUUUGUGAAGUCUAUGUGGGAGAUGAACGAGUGACCACUACAUCUCAGGAGUACGAUAAAAUGAAGGAUUUUAAAAUUGAGGAUGGAAAAGCAGUGAUUCCAUUGGGCAUAACAGUCCAGGGUGAUGUACUCAUAGUAAUUUAUCAUGCAAGAUCAACGCUAGGAGGAAGAUUGCAAGCUAAGAUGGCUUCAAUGAAGAUGUUUCAGAUUCAGUUCCACACAGGCUUUGUGCCCCGAAAUGCUACAACUGUGAAGUUUGCCAAGUAUGAUCUGGAUGCAUGUGACAUUCAAGAGAAAUACCCUGAUUUAUUUCAAGUGAAUCUUGAAGUAGAAGUGGAACCUAGAGACAGGCCAAGUCUUGAGACUCCACCAUGGGAUAACUUAAAUAUGAAGGGACUGAAUCCAAAAAUUCUGUUCUCCAGCCGAGAGGAACAGCAAGACAUUUUGUCUAAAUUUGGCAAACCUGAACUUCCUAGACAGCCUGGAUCCACAGCCCAGUAUGAGGCAGAAGCCUCCCAGCAGUCCCCUGAAAGUGUGCCCACAGAGUCAGACUCUCCACAGAGUAACAGCACCGAGACAAACAACUUUUUUCAUACAUUGGACUGGCAAGAAGGAAAGGUAUCAGAAUCUGGAAUAGAAAAUAACUUUCUUAAAGAAAACCAUGUUGUCCUAAAUGAAGAAAGGGAUGGAAGUGAGUUGUCUGAUGAAGAACCUUCUACUUUCCCUGGUGAGAACAAAGUAAUUACAGUUGAAGAAGAAAAGUCAAGUGCCCCUGAAAAAGCAGAAGAUGAAAAUUUACUUUUCGAUACAGAUUAUGAACCCUCAGCCCAGCUGCAAGAGUCGCCGCAAGAAGACAGUGUUGAUUUGCUAGGCUUGGACUCUGAAGCUGGACCAGAGCAAAGCUACGCCACCAAAGAAAUUCAGAGCUCUUCUAGCAAUGCUGAUUUGUUAAGCAAUCUGUUUGUUGCCAGUGCAGCCAUUUCAGAAGAGCCUACUGGGGACUUGCUUGGGGCAGGGACGGAUUUCUUUUUCAGUGGCCCUCCUCCCCCUCCAGAUAAUGCACAGAGCACUUCACAAAAUGUAGCUCACUCUUCAGCUGCUGAUCCAUUUGAUCCAUUCACGAUGUCAUCCAGUUCAGAAACUCAGAGUCAUUCCAAUCCUGAUCUCUUUGAAGAUUUUCUUAAUCCCAGUUCUGCACCAGCCUCAUCUAGUAUGUUUCCUUCUACACACAGCGCACCUCCUCCUUCUUCCAGCUCUGACUUCUUACAUUUAGGGAAUUUGCCAGCAGAGCAGCCUACCAAGAUGACUACUUCUGCCAGCCACCCUGAUCUCUUGGGAGGAUGGGAUUCCUGGGCUGAUUCCUCCGGUAUUGGCAAUAUUCCAUUACCACAGCCUGCCAAAUCUGCAUGUGAAGGCACAACGUUUUCUUCAGGAAGCCAGUCAAGUGUUACCUCUGGCUCAUCUGCCAGUCAAGCUAAAUCUCAGAACUUUGAUCCUUUUGCUGACCUUGCUGACCUCAGUUCAAGUAUUCAAGGUUCUUCUUGUGGAUUUUCUCCUGGUGGAUUUGCUUCAAAAGCAGCUCAGUCUUCAAAAGGUGGGAGCCCAUGGCAGACAAGGCCCCCAAAUUAUGGUCCAUCAUGGCCUCCCCAGGCAAAAUCACAACAAACCAAAUCCAGCCCACAGACAAAACCUAAUUAUUCUGUGAACUUCAGUGUUAUUGGAGGACGAGAAGAGAGGGGCAUUAGAGCUCCCAGUUUUGCUCAAAAGCCAAAAGUUUCAGAAAAUGAUUUUGAAGAUCUUUUACCCAAUCAAGGAUUUUCAUCCAAAUCUGAUAAAAAAGGACCAAAGACAAUUGCUGAGAUGAGGAAGCAAGAGAUGUCCAAAGAUAUGGAUCCUCUCAAGCUAAAGCUUCUCGAUUGGAUUGAAGGAAAAGAGAGAAAUAUAAGAGCAUUAAUUUCCACACUGCACAUGGUGCUUUGGGAGGGGGAAAGCAGGUGGAAACCAGUUGGCAUGGCAGACCUGGUGACUCCUGAGCAGGUGAAGAAAUACUAUCGAAAAGCUGUGCUGGUGGUUCAUCCAGACAAGGCCGCCGGGCAGCCAUAUGAGCAGUAUGCCAAAAUGAUCUUCAUGGAGUUAAAUGAUGCCUGGUCAGAGUUUGAAAAUCAGGGAUCCAAAUCCCUUUUUUAAAACCUCAGUUUUGGGGAUUUUCAAAAUGCAUUGGCAGCAGAAUGGCGUCUGAAGGUGUUGUUUGUUGGACUUAAUGUUCCUAAAAUUUGAGAGUUUCAUGAGCUCAUCCUCAAGUUUGAAGUUCUACUCUUGUAGAUGGGGUCUGUUGUAAAAUGUAAAUCAGCAAAGGCAUCUUGCCUUGUCACAAUCAUAGCCCAGAACGAACCUUUUUCCCACUCGGUUUGAUUAUGAAACACAUAAAUCUAAUGACGUCCUCGUUUGGGGUGCAGUGGUGUAAGAAGAGCGAGCCAUUCAUUCUAAAGCCACCGAUGUUGGUUGGUUUUUUGCCCAAAAGGAAGACAACUCUGACUUGUGCUUCUGUUCUGUUUCCCUAGUUUGUGAUUGGAGUUUGAUGUUUAGUGCCUCUCACCUCAGUCCAAGCUCUUUAGUGCAAUGAGAAACAGUGAAUUUGCUAAGCACAGCAUUGUUACCUGAAUCUAUAGAAGGUGUACAUUUACAGCUGUAUUUUGUGUAAUCAUCCUGAUAAUCACUUUUGUAUAUAAUUAAAAUGUUUUCUGAUGAUAACCUGCAUUCCUUAUAAUGAAUUGGCAGCCACUAAGCCAGCAUUCUUGGUUGUGGGAAGCAAGGAACCAAGUUGUUUGCAAAUCACAUUUCAUGACUCUGGACAGUGGUUGUAUGUCACAUGGAGAAAACACUGGCAUUUUUAAUAUAAGUGAUUGCAUGUUAAAAACUUUUGUGUUAUUUAUGAAGAAUUUUUUGGACAUUAAACUGUAUUGCCAGGGUUUCUUUUCCCAGCUCAUGGCACCUGUAACUUCUGAUUCUCUACCCCCUGUACCCCCUCCAGUGGAAUAGUGUGCAUUCCAUUGGUUUUAUAAAUAUGCUGAUAGAAAAGAAGAUUGUCCUACUUAUUUCUGAAUUUGAUCUUGAAAUGUGAGCACAAUGUUGUUUACCAUGCUUAUUUCUGUUCUGAAGUCAGCAAAUAUGAUCUCAUUUGCAAUUUAUUGUUGAAAAAAUUUACUUUUCUUUUACUGUAUGUCUGGUCAGCUCUUGACUGUAUUGACUGAUCAUACAUUUUAUUGUCAGAAUGUCUUAAUAAGCAAUGAUAUAUACCCAAGCAGAUGGCUGUUGGCCUUGAGUAUACACACACACCUUAGACCCAAGAAGUAACUCUCACUGUCUUAAGUACAAGGACCAGAUUCAUGUCUGAUUUGUAACAAGAGGGUACUUUUUAACAGUGACAAAGAAUUCCUUACAAUCUGGUUUGCUACUAAGUUUGGUUGACGGCUUUUACAUACGUGUUCCAUUCUUUUUGAAAAAGGAGGAGGGGAGGAAAACAAGGCAGAAAGGAAGAAAAGGGGAGAAAAGAGAGAAGAGGAGGAAAGCUAUCUUUUACAAUGGAUAGUCACCCUUUUCGUAUAGAACUGAAAUGAUUUCCUCUGAAAAGCCUUGCAGUUCCCUAGCUCAUCCAGCCUGAGCUGUUAGUGCCAAUUCUAGCUACAUCAGUAGCUAACGGCAGUAUCUGGGGUGAGAGAUUCUAGAAUUAAACACUGGAAAAAAAAAGCAAACCAUUAACUUCCUUCUGUUAAAUGGCAUAUAUAAGGUAGUUUCUACCUAGAUUGUCUUAACUACCAGUAGCAGGAACA